CGCAGGGAGGCCCAGCCCAGCAGGCCCGAACUGUCGCCGCGGCUCGCCGCCGCCGGAACCCAGGGAGCCGAGGUGUAGCCGUGACCUCGCCCGCCCCCGUCCCCACCCCUGUUUCGCCAGCCCAGGUCCCCGGAGAUCCAGCCGCUCCGCACUUAGAGGCGGCACCAGUCCUGCCUCCCCGCGCUCUGGGGGGCCCCCCAAGCCCCGCCCCUCGGGCUGGAUCCGCGUCACCAGACUCCCCGCCUGCUCCCUCCCCUUCCGUGUUUUGGUAGCGCCUGGGCCCCACCCCCGCCUCUCUGUGAUUGGCUAAGAGCUGGGACGGCGGGGUCUAGAAGCCGAUCUCGAUUGGCUUUUGUUGGCCGUCACUCACAUGUGUCCCCCCGGAGUUGGCUGGACGUGGGAGAGGAACCGAGAGAGCUGGGAGCGGAGGGCACGUGUGGCAAUUAUGCCACCCCCAACAAAGGUUCCCCGAAGGGAGGCCCUGAUGCUACAGUGUGAAUGGGGGUCCUGUACCUUCGUGGCCUCUGCUGUGGAGGAGUUCUGUGAACACGUCACGCAGCACCUCCAGCAGCACCUCCAGAGCCCCGAGGAGGAGGAUGAGGAUGAACUGGACCCACUUGCUGAAGAGUACUCCUGCUUGUGGCAAGAGUGUGGCUUCUGCUCCCCAGACAGCUCAGCUGACCUGGUCCGCCAUGUUUAUUUUCACUGUUACCACACCAAGCUGAAGCAGUGGGGACUUCAGGCUCUGCAAGGCCAGGCUGGACUCAGCCACUGCCUGUUGGACUUCCAAAGCCGAAACAUGAUCCCUGACAUUCCUGACCACUUCUUGUGCCAGUGGGAGCACUGUGAGAGCUCCUUUGACAAUCCAGAGUGGUUUUACCGGCACGUGGAGGCCCAUAGCCUGUGUUGUGAAUACAAGGCAGCCAGCAAGGAGAACCAUGUGGUACCAUGUGGCUGGAAAGAUUGCACCUGUACCUUCAAAGGCCGCUGUAAACUGAGAGAACACCUUCGGAGUCACACCCAGGAGAAGGUGGUGGCCUGCCCCACCUGUGGGGGCAUGUUUGCCAACAACACCAAGUUCUUUGACCACAUUCGACGCCAGAUGUCCCUGGACCAACAACGAUUCCAGUGUUCCCAUUGCUCCAAGAGGUUUGCCACAGAACGGUUGCUGAGGGACCACAUGCGCAACCAUGUAAAUCACUACAAGUGCCCUUUGUGCGACAUGACCUGCCCGCUGCCCUCCUCCCUCCGAAACCACAUCCGAUUCCGACACAGUGAAGACCGGCCCUUUAAAUGUGACUACUGUGACUACAGUUGUAAGAAUCUGAUUGACCUCCGGAAGCACCUAGACACUCAUAGCAAGGAACCCGCCUACCAUUGUGAGUUUGAGAACUGCAGCUUCAGUGCCCGCUCCCACUGCUCAAUCAAGUCCCAUUACCGAAAAGUGCACCAAGGUGACUCGGAGCCAAGAUACAAAUGUCAUGUAUGUGACAAGUGCUUCACUCGAGGCAACAACCUCACUGUCCACCUCCGAAAAAAGCAUCAGUUCAAGUGGCCCUCAGGGCAUCCCCGUUUCCGGUACAAGGAACAUGAAGAUGGUUACAUGCGCUUACAGCUGGUUCGUUAUGAGAGUGUGGAGCUGACUGAGCAGCUUCUGAGGGAACGAGAAGAGCAGGGGGGACCAGGCCCAGGGGCAGCACUGACUGAGGGCAGCCUACAAGGCAUUAUCCUGGAGUCGGGACCUGAGGAGCAGGGGCCUGAGGAGGAGGAAGAGGAAGAAGAGGAGGAGGCAGAAGGGGAGGAGGAAAAUGAGGGAGCAGCCCCUUCAGCUUCUGCUCCCCAGGACUCUCCCAGCCCUGUCAUUCAUGUGCUGAACAGGACCAAUUCCCAAGGCGAGCAUGAGACAGUCUAUUAUGUCCUAGCCCCAGCCCCUGGAGCUCAGCCCCCUGCAUCGGGAGAGGGAGCCCCAGACCCUGAUCCCCCUGAUGGCAUCAUGGAAAAACUACACAGGACAGCCGAGGAGCUGGGAAUCUUAAUUGAGUGAGGGACUGAAAGUCCCUCUCCCCUUGGGGCUUGGUGAGCCAUUAUUUUCUCACCCUGCAUUUGAGAUUGCUCUUCUUUUUAAAAGUUUUUUUUUUUAAUUUUUGUUCUCUUCUUUUAUUCUCUGCUAUGGUCUACUCUAGAGGACCUUCUGAAUUGCUCUAGGUAAAAAAUGUGAGGGGCAGUGUGUGUGUGUGUGUGUGUGUGUGUGUGGUGAAGAGUGAAGUCUCUUAGCUCAAGAGCCAAACUUGAGAAGACAGGAUCCCCUGGGAGAGGAGGAGGAGGAGGCUAUUGAGGGGAUACUUUGGGAGAUCAACCGUUGGGUCACCCUAAGGAAAGGCAAUGUCUCUUUCAACUAUGACCCCAGAACAGUGAGGGGUUUAGAGUGUUUUUUUUCCAAGAGCCCAGACCACGGACAGUUAUGGCAGCAGUUCUAAAAGUCUCCCCAGAAUUUGGAUGGGUUGUUUGGAGGUGGAAGGACAUUUCAUAUUAAAUUCCCAAUCUUGAGCCUGUUGAUCAUAGACAGUGUUCUUUAAGGGACACUAAUUUCCUGGGAUUAUCUAGACCAGAGGUGUCUCAAGGCUUUUCCCCAUCUGUUCUACAAAGGCCUCUACCAUUUCACUUAGUCCCCCAUCCCCAAGCCAAGAGACUUUUGCCCUGGUCUCUGGGUCUUUCCUCCAUCCCCAUUGGUGGAUUACCCUCAGGGACAAGGUUGGGGGAGGCAUUCAUUAGGGGUACUGAAUAUCAGUAUGAUCAUAUGAUGGCGUUUCUUAUUGGCAAUAAACACAUUAUGCCCA